GUGAAGUACGAAUCAAGUUGAGAAAAACCAGAAACAUCCUACAGCCUCCCAUCACAGCACUAGAGUUAAGGGCUCCUGUUCCAUCAAGAUACUUUGUCACUGGCCAACCAGUUGUCUGCCAACCCAGCACCUGCCAACCAAUCCUCGUGGCCAACCAGUCUCAAGUCAACCAGUCUGAAGUCUACUCCUCAGGCCAACCAGGCACGAAUCAACUGGGCAUGAACCAAUCAGGCAUGAACCAAUCAAGCUUACCAGACAUGAAUCAACCAGGCACCAGCCAGCCCAGCACGAGCUUACUUGGUAUGAACCAACUGGACAUGAACCAACCGGACAUGAACCAACCAAGCACAAGCCUACCUGACACCAACCAACUGGGCAUGAAACAACCGGGCAGGAGCCAAUCCGGCAUGAGGCAACCAGGUAUGAACCAACUAGUCCCGAGCCAACCAGGCAUUUGGCAACCAGUCAUGAGCCAAUCAUGCAGUAGCCAAUCAGGCAUGAGUCAACUGCAACCGUACCCGAGUCAAGCCAGCACAAGUCAACCAUAUGCGAGGCAACCAGGCCCAAGCCAAUCAGGCCUGAGUGAACCAGGCAUGAGGCAAUCAUACUCGAGCCAAUCCACCACAAGUCAGCUAGGCAUGAGGCAAUCAUACUCGAGCCAAUCCAGCACAAGUCAGCUAGGCAUGAAGCAAUCAGGCCUGAGCCAAUCAAGCAUAAGUCAGCCAGGCACGAGCCAAUCAGGCAUGAGUCAACUAAGCCUGAGGCAACUAGGCUGGAGCCAAUCAGGCACGAGUCAACCAGGCCCAAGCCAAUCAGGCACAAGCCAAAGAAGCAGGAGCCCAACAGGCAUGUUGCAACCAGGUCCUUGUCAACCAGGCGUGAGGCAAUCAAGCUUGAGGCAACCAGGCAGGAGCCAAUCAGGCACGAGGCAACCAAGCAUGAACUCUUUCCGAGUAAGACCUGCGGAGGCUCGAGACUGCCCAGAAAUCCUGCGCCUAAUUAAAGAAUUGGCUGCCUGUGAAAACAUGCUAGAUGCAGUGAAGUUAACAGCAUUGGAUUUACUCAGGGAUGGCUUUGGGGACAAUCCCCUUUUCUACUGCUUAAUUGCAGAAGUACAGAGUCAACAAAAACCAUCAGGCAAAGUAACCAUUGGAUUUGCCAUGUACUACUUUACAUAUGACCCCUGGAUUGGCAAGUUACUUUACCUAGAAGACUUUUAUGUCAUACAAGCUUACCGAGGUCUAGGUAUUGGGGCUGAAAUGUUGAAGAGGCUAAGUCAGAUAGCCAUCAGAAGCCACUGUAACUGCAUGCACUUUCUUGUCGUCAUUUGGAACCAGGCUUCUAUUGACUACUACACUCGUCGAGGGGCUUUAGACCUUUCCUCUGAGGAGGGCUGGCAUCUGUUCAGGUUUAACAGAGAAGAACUCAUGGACAUGGCAGGGGAACAGUGAAAGAUGACUCAUCACAACUUGUCCCAACAACACAGGCUCCCACAUUUGAAUGUCACCUGAGUCCAACAAAAGUUUGACUUUGAGUGUUGUACAAUACAGCAAGUGACCAAACUCCGGUUUGAACAGAUCUUUUACUUUGAAACAUAUUUUGCAGAUACAGUCAACUCUCCAUUAUCCAAAAUAAUAUACUAAUGGCUAGUAGCAGAGCUGAUGAUUCAAGAGUAGAUAAUUCAAAAAUCACUUAUACUUGGCUUUAGGAUAUUUAUUUUUUGCCUACCACAUCUCACUAAAUUUAAGAUGCUUAUAUUUUCACAUCUUAACAUAUCUGACAUUGGGAUAACUAUAAUGACCAACUGGCAGUACUUUUUUCUUAGCGGUAAGUAAUGUGUCUUAGAUUUGAUGAAAAAUGAGUGUGUUUGAUUAUAAACAGAUCUGAGGUACAAAAAAUUUACUUAAAAUACUGAAGCUAAAUUAUGAAGAGCUAACUUAUGAAAAACUAGUAAGUGAACUGCUUCCCCACCUUGAGCAGCUCAAGUACCACUGCCUCCUUGACAUCAUCCCAGAACUACAUUCCAUCUCUGAACAUCUACUUCUCUUUGGUUGUACCUAUCUUAGGGCAGAUACUACAUAUAACACUGUAUUUGUACAUGUUUCUAUCCUUUCUAGUAGAAUAUAAGCCCUUUGAUAGAAUUAUAAUUAUUUUUACAUCCUGUGUUACAACCAGCACGGUAGAACAUAUAAGUUCCUACUAUGUACCAGGUAUUUUGUGGGCAUAAAAGCUACAGAAAGAUGAUUCAGUCAUACCCACAAGGAGCCGUGUCUGUGAAAAAAAUACUAGUUUUAAUUUUAUAAUAAAUUGUAUGGGCUAUGAUAGCUAUAAAUACCAAGUGUGAGGGAAUAUAGAGAGAGCAUCUAAAUCCUACCUUGGAGAACUGAGAAAGGUGACACUGGAAUUGGGUUUGAAGAAUGAACAAGAAGUUAGAAUAUAGAGCAGGAUGAGAUAGAAAAAAAUUCUAAGAUGAGACACCAGCAUAGGCAGAGAAAAAGAGACACAAAAGAACAAAGCAUGUCCAAGAAG